AGAGAGAGAGAGAGAGAGAGAGAGAAGUUAGCUUAGUAAAAUGAAAUACCUUUUGGGAGGGAGCACCAAAGCAGCCGAGCAGGGAGGCUUGAAGGCUGAGGCCAUUGAGGCAGUGACGAGGCGACAAGCAAUCUGCCGAUCUCUGUCCCCUGAUAAGGGCAAGCGACGAGUAAAGAUGACGCGGAGGGGCGAGUGAGCGACGACGACGAUCUGGAUUGGGCCGAUCUUCGACGACGUGACCGAUCCGAUCUCCGUCUGUUGGCUUAAGGCUCAAGCGGCGUUGCUCUGAGGGACUGAGGUAGAAUUAAGGAUGGAAGCAAUGGAGACGUAGCUAUCGAUCAAUAUCAUCACUACAAGAAAGAUGUUCAGAUUAUGAAAAAGAUGGGCUUAGAUGCAUACAGAUUCUCGAUCUCAUGGUCUCGAGUACUACCAAAAGGAAAACUAUCUGGUGGUGUGAAUAGGGAAGGAAUCAAAUACUACAACAACCUAAUCAAUAAGCUCCUAGCCAAAGGUCUACAGCCCUUUGUGACCCUCUAUCAUUAUGAUCUUCCCCAAGCAUUGGAAGAUGAGUAUGGUGGUUUUUUGAGUCCUCAUAUUGCGGAUGAUUUUCAGGAUUAUGCUGAGCUUUGCUUUAAGGAAUUUGGUGAUCGUGUCAAGCAUUGGAUCACACUAAAUGAACCAUAUGGCACCAGUUAUGCUGGUUAUGCAUUGGGGAUAUUUCCACCAGCUCGGUGUUCCAGUUGGCAACAGUUAAAUUGCCUUGGUGGAGAUUCUGGGACAGAGCCAUAUUUGGUGGCGCAUAAUCAGCUUCUUGCUCAUGCAUCUGCUGUCAAAGUGUACAAACAAAAGUAUCAGAUAGCACAAAAGGGCAUUAUAGGUAUAACUCUGGUGUCACACUGGUUUGUGCCGAUCUCAAAUGCGAGGCAUGACCGUGAUGCUGCCCUAAGAGCCCUUGAUUUCAUGUUUGGAAUAUUUAUGGAUCCCCUAACCAAUGGUGACUAUCCACAUAGCGUGCGAUCUCUAGUUGGCCACCGAUUACCCAAAUUCACAAAAGAGCAAUCCAACUUAGUAAAUGGGUCAUUUGAUUUUCUAGGGCUAAACUACUAUACUGCUAAUUAUGCUGCCUAUUCACAUCAUUCCAAUGCUGAAAACGCAAGCUACUUGACAAAUUCACUGGCUAAUCUUUCUACUGAACGCAAUGGGAUCCCUAUUGGUCCAAAGGCUGGUUCAGAUUGGCUCUAUAUCUAUCCAAGAGGAAUUCGAGAACUUCUAUUAUACAUAAAGAGAAAGUACAAUAACCCACUAAUUUUUAUUACUGAGAAUGGAAUUUCUGAGGUCAAUAAUGCUACAUUGUCGCUUAAGGAAGCCCUUGCAGACAACUAUAGAAUUGAUUAUUACUAUCGUCAUCUUCAAUAUCUUCAUAGUGCUAUAAAGGAUGGUGUUAAUGUGAAGGGAUACUUUGCAUGGUCAAUAUUGGACAACUUUGAAUGGAAUGUAGGUUACACCGUUCGGUUUGGCAUCAAUUAUGUAGACUACGAAAAUGGGUUGAAAAGACAUCCCAAAUUAUCUGCCCGCUGGUUUAAGAAAUUCCUCAAGAAAUAAGAUGACAAAUUAAUGACUAUGUUCGUGUUGAACUGUAUGGUAGCAUCAGACCAUCUCCAAAAAUAAACUUUAAGAGAUUUUCUUCUCUAUUUUAAGUAAUGUCUGUAAUAUGUA